GUAGAGGCUACUGUGCACGCAGAUCCACUCAACUGUUCCACAUCGUACCCUUCCAAGUUCUAAAGAUGACGAUCGUCGAGAUGUGUGUGCACAUGGACUGCUCGGGGUGCGAGAACAAGAUACGAAAAGCCCUCUCCAAGCUACAAGGGGUGGACAGCGUAGACAUAGACAUGGUGAGGCAGAAGGUGACGGUGACCGGGUGGGUGGACCAGAAGAAGGUCCUGAAGGCGGUGAGGAAGACGGGGCGAAGGGCGGUGCUGUGGCCGUAUCCUCUGGACGCGGAGCACAACGUCUACACGCAGGGAUGCUACCAUCUGCAGCACCCGACGCCGGCUCACCGUCUGCUCUUCGACGCCGAACCACACUCUUACAACUACUACAAGCACGGGUACGACGACUCCACCUUGCAUGGCUACUACCAGCAACCAGCGCACACCCAUAUCAUCGAGGAGGAAGCCCGCGUUCGCUUCAGCGACGACAACCCUAAUGCUUGCUCGAUCAUGUAGCUCAUGCAUGUGUCACACAGG